AUGUAUUCAUAUGAUAUUAAUUCAAAUAUUUUAUUUCAAUCGUUUAAAGGCACAGCCCUUGCAAUGCUCGUUUUAUGGACCGUUGCGGCUAAUUCACUAGUUUUUGUUGUCUUAUAUAAGAAUCCUCGAUUACAAACCGUUCCAAAUCUAUUGGUGGCGAAUCUUGCUUUCAGUGAUUUGUGCCUUGGACUUAUCGUACUACCACUUUCUUCAAUUUAUGUUGUUGCUGGUGAAUGGUUAUUCACCUCAACACUUUGCGUUGUUUUUGUUUCAGCUGAUAUACUAUGCUCUACAGCUUCAAUAUGGAAUCUUUCAAUAGUUGGCUUAGAUCGUUAUUGGGCGAUAACAGCACCAACAACAUAUAUGACGAAAAGAAAUAAGAAAACUGCAAUUCUUAUGAUACUUUCUGUUUGGGCAUCAUCAGCACUUAUUAGCCUCGCACCAUUAUUAGGCUGGAAACAGAUUGCCGAAAGAGGUAAUAUGAUACAAAUUAAUAAUACUUGGCAAUGUGUAUUCCUCGAUCUACCAUCUUACACUGUUUAUAGUGCCACUGGUUCAUUUUUCAUUCCCUUAAUCGUCAUGUUUUUUGUUUAUUAUAAAAUCUAUCAAGCAUUUGCUAAACAUAAAGCGCGUCAGAUUUAUCGUCAAAAGGUGAUAAGAAAACAUAUUGAAUCAACUAUCCUUCAUGAAAUAAAUAACGUCCUUCCUUUGACAGAGCACGACUAUGAUAAACAUCUGAUAGAUGAUUGUGUUUAUGAGGAAAAUGAAGAAGUUGACGAGGAUUACUGUGAAAAGGAAACAGAUCGUGGCAAUCCAAGUGAAUCAGUGGAAAUCGAUGCUUUAAAUGAUAGUCAAGCAAGGAAAACAUGGCGGAAUCCAACAAUAAGAAAUAAUUAUGCAAGAAAUAUUCCAUCAAUAAAAUCGAAAAAAGAAGAAAAUUUAUUUAAAUUAACUAAAAAACGACUUAGUAUGGAACAUAUUCAGCAAUGCAAAAAAAAAAUAGAAAAAAAAUGGAGGAGAAGCAUUGAACGUAAGCCAAACACAAUUUCAGCAGCAAAAGAAAGACGAGGUGUGAAAGUUUUAGGCAUAAUUCUUGGAUGUUUUACGAUAUGUUGGACGCCAUUUUUUAUAAUGUAUGUAUUAGUUCAAUUUUGCUCGAAUUGUUCACCGAAUCAACAUAUUGAAAUGUUUAUCACAUGGCUUGGCUAUAGUAAUUCAGCUAUGAAUCCUAUUAUUUAUACUGUAAAUUUUGUUUUUCAUUAG